CUAAUUCUCUAUAUACGCUUCAUUGUCAACCCCUCUCUCUCUCUCUCUCGCUAGUCGCUUCCCAUUAAUUUGAAAGCAAAUUCUCAAGCAUUUGAGUACAAAACAAAUUUCAACUCUCCGCUUCUCUCUAUUUAUAGAGUACCAACUAAUUUGAUCUCUCUCUCUCUCUCUCUCUCUCUCUCUCUCUCUCAUUGCUUAGCUUAGGUAUAGGCUACAAGCAACAUGGAGGUUGAGUACCAAGAGGGUCACAUUAGGAAUGCAAGAGGAGUGAAGCUCUUUACGUGUAGAUGGCUACCACUUUCAUCUUCACCCAAGGCCCUUGUCUUCCUUUGCCAUGGGUAUGGCAUGGAAUGUAGUGAAUUCAUGAGAGGUGUCGGAGUUAAGCUGGCAAGUGCAGGGUACGGAGUGUUUGGGAUAGAUUAUGAGGGACAUGGGAAAUCCAUGGGAGCUCGGUGUUACAUCAAGAAGUUCGACGACAUUGUCUCCGACUGUUGCCUCUUCUUCAAAUCAAUUUGCGAGUUGGAAGAGUACAAGGAAAAGAGCCGAUUCCUUUAUGGGGAGUCAAUGGGAGGUGCGGUUGCUCUCCUCCUCCACAAAAAGGACCCCACAUUUUGGGAUGGUGCAGUUCUUGUUGCCCCAAUGUGCAAGAUCUCAGAGAAGGUGAAGCCACAUCCAGUCGUGAUCAAUCUCUUGACCCCAAUUGUAGAGAUCAUACCCAAAUGGAAGAUUGUACCCACCAAAGAUGUAAUUGACUCAGCCUUCAAAGACCCCAUCAAACGUGAAAAGGUUCGGAGUAAUAAGUUGAUAUAUCAAGAUAAACCAAGGAUGAAGACUGCGCUGGAGCUGCUGAGGACUAGUAUGGACCUUGAGGAAAGCUUGGCUCGGGUAAAGAUGCCAUUCUUGGUACUGCACGGAGAGGCCGACAAAGUGACAGAUCCCGAGGUAAGCCUGGCGCUAUACAAGAACGCCGGGAGCUCGGACAAGAAAAUGAAGCUGUAUCCGGGGAUGUGGCAUGCGCUGACAUCCGGGGAGCCUGACAGCAAUGUAGAGGCCGUAUUUUCGGACAUCAUCAAGUGGCUUGACGACCGCCUGAAGGGCACGAGGUUGGUCGGCGGCGGUAUCUCAGAGAAUCCGGCGGAACGUGGCCAGGAGAGGCAGGGAAGAGUGCACCACCACUCUUCACUGUGACGGUGAAAUUAGGAUAUCACAGCGUGAAAAUGGGGCCAUAGAAAUCAAAACCUGAUAGGAAACAUCAGAUAAGAGGGCCUCGGAUGGGGAAUACUACAUAUCAGUGUGCUGAUUCAUGCGUUGUACGCUGAUACAAUGUUCUCAUUGGUGAAGAUGUUUUAAUUUUUUGCACGGAUGAAGACAUUUUAAUUGAUUGCAUUGACGACGUUGAGUUCUGAUUGCGUAACCGGUAUCGCAUUCUCCUUCACCGUGUACUGAUUCGUACAUAGAACCCUCUUAUAGGAUUUAUUAUCCCUGAUCAAGCAAUCAGUGCUGAAGAAAGCAGUCUUCUAGCUCUCCAGUGACGGGAAAAAAAAGCAAGGGGUCCCAGCGACACAAGAUAGGAAACAUGCAUAAGAGAAACACUAGUCUGAGAGCGCAAAAAACUACAACAAGCUUCUUGAAUAAACAUCCAACGAAAACCAGAUUAUCCAAAAAAAAA